AUGGAUGAACCUGAUAUACCAGAUCUAUCCCUAUACCCCGAUACAAUUCCAGUAAUUGUUUCCACAUCCACAGACACUUCAAAUAUCCAAUUAUGUCCCUCUUUAAUUCUUGGCUCUUCUCAUGCUCUUCCAGGAGCUGUGAAACAUAUGUACAGUAGAUUGGCUGCGGCAGCAAAUGAAGUCGAUCAAGGUGUUCCUGAUCUCAUAAUUUCAUUAAUUUCGAAUCAAAAUUCGCUAUCAACUCGAUAUAUGGAAAAUAUUGAAAAUGGUUUGAAAAAAAUAAUUCGAAAUUGUGGAACAUGGUUGAUAUCAUCUGGUGAAGUAAAUGAUCCGAUUGCUCGAGUUGCAAGUAAUACAAUGAAAGAAGGUCUUGAAGAACCUGGUGAAGUAUUACAUAUUAUUGUAAAUUCUUCAAAUAUAAUUGCAAAUGAUACAAAUACAAUUGAAAUUGUUGACACAUCUUUGAAUACUCUUAUGAUUAUCUCAAAAGGAUCUGAUACAAAUAUUUCGAAAUUGAGAGCUGCAACAACUGUUAAAUUGGCUCAUCCACCGCCAGCUCUUUUGAUCGGAGUUCCUUCCGAGCCAAUGACUUCGCCCUAUUCAAAUCCGAUUCUUCUCUCACCAUCGAAUGAUAAACAUCCAUUUCCAAUUUCAAUAUUUGCUGGAGCAUCUGAAGAUGCAUUAGAAGAAAUGAUGAAUUUAAUUGAAAAUGGGGUUCCAGUUAUUGUUCUACAGGUUGGUUUUUUUCUGAAUAUGGAAUUUUGAAAUUCAAAUUUUUUCAGGAUAGUUGUGAACUUUGCGCAAUUCUUCAUUCAGCUUACCAAUUAAUGUUUGAUUCCUCAUUUGAUCAAUCAAAAUUCACAGACUGGCUUUCAAGUCGUCUUGGUUCAAUUGGUCUCACUAAGCAAAGUCUCGAUUUAGUUCAACGUAUUCUUGUUGGAUCUUCUGGUGGAGGUGUUGAAUUGAUCGAAUUCAUCGAUGUUGUUCAACUCGAUGAUCUUUGUUCAAUAAUAAUCGAUCGAUGUUUGGAAUGUUAUUCAAGUUUCGGAGAGGAGAAAUCAAUAUUACUCUUGGCUGCAAAAUUAAAUACCCCAUGUGUUUUAUCUUCGAUGGAUGUUGCAACUCAACUCGAUGAAGAAUUACUUACAAUGAUAUUAUGUGAAUGUAUCAACAAAGAUGAUCAAUUGAAUUUCCUCUCUUCAGUUCUUCAAUUGAACCCGCCAAUCCGAGUUACAUCAAAUAUGCUGAUAAGAAUGAUGAAUCACGCUGAUGAACAUUUUUUCACAACAAUUGUAUUGUGUCAAUGUAUGGGUUAUUCUUAUAUUCCAAUGGAAAUUCAUCGGAAAUUUGCGAAUGAUAUUCAAAAACUUGUGGUUAGUUUUUUCACAUUUGAAUUCUAUGAUUUUCAUUUUUUUUUUUUAAUAUUUUUUUUAGAAAAGAUUAUCAUUCGGCGUUGAUAAUUUAUUUGAUCCCAAUGCAUUUUGUAAUGAUCAAUCAACACGAGACAAUGAUGAAUCAAUUAGAAUCUUAGCAAUCUGGAGUCUUCUUCUUCAUCGUCCUGGAAUCGUCAAAUGUCUUGCUGCAUUUUCAACUGAACCUGUGGCCUUUGCUCUGAUUCUUGCGCGAAUUUCAAAAUCAUUGGCAAAAGAAUCACACGAUUAUCAUUUUUAUGAGAAAUCAUUGAAUGAUUUAUCAGAAAAUUUAACACAUAGUGCAACUGAACUUUUUGAUGGAGUGUUUCAAGCAAAUCCAACCAAAGCUUAUAAAUUACUCUGUGAUCCGAUCGAACAUUUUUAUGGUUUCAAUAUGACACAAUUAGCAUUUCAUUGCAAUGCGCGAGAGAUAAUUGCACAUGAAUGCUGUCAAAAAUGGGUUCAUCGAAAAUUAUACGGGAAUUUGCAAGCGAAACCAAAACCAUGGUGGAUUCCAAAAUGGCUCAAAUUCAUAAUCUCCGCAAUUUUUAUAAUUCCAAUCAAAUUAUGGAUGCUAAUCAGACCUCGACAUCAAAAUAAAGAAUCAUCGACGGUUUCACCAACUGUCGCACUUUUGGAUGUUGGAAGAGUUCGACAGAGAGCUGUUUCAACUUAUAGUGUUAUAUCAUCGAGAAGUGAUGCAUUAACAUCAUUAACAGCGCCAUUAUCAACUAAUUUUGGUGUUAAUUCGAUGAAUUAUGGAGGAGGCGGAGGGGGAGAAUCAGCAACACCACAAUCUAUGGUAUUUCCAUUGAAUAUUGAGGAAUUUGAAAAGGAUUCAAGACCAUUUGGGAAAAAGGUGAGAAAAAUUAGGGAGCAGAGAAAACUUUUAUAGGUUUUAGAACUUUAAAAUUUUUUUCAUAAAACUUUAAUCCACACUCCACAACCCAAUAUUUCUUCCAGAAAAUCCGCCGUGCUCACCCACCAUCAUUUUCAACAUUCUACUCAACUCCAAUCGUAAAAUAUUGGCUCUCACUUCUUUUCCGAAUUGUCUACAUCUGUUGCCUUGCUUAUUCAGUCAUUUUACCUGGCUGCGGUUCAAAUAUUUGGGACACAAUCAUCUGGACUUGGUCAUUUUUCUGGUGGAUUGAGAAUGUAUUUGUUUUGGCUGCGAGAGCUCAACGAAUUCCAAUCUCAUUAAUGCCGUGGAGAGUUUUUGAUGUGGUUGUUUUCAUGAUAUUUUUGAUUUUGAUAUUAGUCAUGAAAGUCUUCCCAAUUGUAUCACUACUUCAUUUUAUGGUAUGUUUCAGAACAAUCUACAAAAAUUUAAUAAAUCUUGAUCUUUUCAGAAUAUCGAUUCAAUUUAUAAUGCCAAAGUUAUCUCAGCUUUAUUCGUUUUAUAUGUUUCCUACUCAACGCUUUUCACAUAUAUUCCACUUUCGGAUAUUUUUGGGCCAAUGAUUGUUCGAGUUAAAUUAAUGUUAUUACGAGAUUUCACCAAUUUUUUGUUGAUGGUUGGAUUAGUUAUGCUAAGUAGCGCGGUUGCAAUUCAAGCAGUUGUUUAUCCGGAUAGAGACGUGGAUUUCAAUGUUAUUCGAAAAACAAUGUCUUGGAUUUGGAUGAGUUUAUUUACAACGGAUCUAUCAAGUUAGUUUUGUUUUCGGGAAUCAUUUUUUGUGACUUAAGACAAAUAAGUGAUAUAUUUUCUCUUCAGAUCUCUCGGAAUCUGAAACAUGUCGAAAAACCUUCCUUGGCGCCCCCAAAAAAUACUGUAACAAUCUCGGUGAAUAUGCAAAUCCAACCUGUCCAUCUCAAUCAAUUCCCGCAUAUUUCAUAAUUCUCGAGUAUUUUGUCCUCCUCAAACUUCUUCUCUGGCCAAUUUUAUUUGCUUUCUUCUCAAAAACUGCAAAAUCAGUUGACGAAGAAGCUGACAAAAUAUGGAGAUUCCAAUUGUAUUCAUUAGCUGAUGAAUUCUAUUUGCGACCAUCUCUGCCACCUCCAUUCACUUUUAUUUGCUUGUUAUGUUCUGGAUUUGGAUGUUGUCGUGGAAAUUGGAUUCGAGAUUCUGGGAGUCAAAAUCAUCCGGAUUAUCGAGCUGAAAAAUGGAAAUUUGGGAACUUAUAUCGUAAUCCUUCUGUGCCAACGAAAAAUAUAUCAAAUGGACAAUUUUGGAGGAAAUUGGCGAUUGAAAAUUGGAAGAAAUUGAAUACCUCAAAGAAGAAAGAGAAACAAAAUUCGGAAAUUCAUGAAGUUUCAAAUCAAAUUCGAAUGUUGAUGUUGAAAGAAUCAUACGACACACAGAAUCGGAAGUUUUCACAUUUUUCAACAAGUAAGUCUACAGUAAUUUUAGAAAGAGAAAAAAAACUUGGUUUUCACUUCCACGGCUUUGAAAAUUUCGGUUUAACAACAAAAAUUCAGCAAUUUUCUACCGUAAACCUUAUUCUGAUCUAAACUUUUUUGGAACUUUUCCUAGAACAUCAAGGCCUCAUUUUUUGAGCUGAAUCCUAUUUUAUUAAAAAUAUUGUUAAUUAAAUAAUUCUGUCUGAUCCUCCAAAUCUUCUAGAAUCUCCACAAAUCGAAUAUGCCACAUCUCCCUCUGGUUCAAGUAUAAUGAAACUUCAAAUGUCAACAAAUUACACGAAAUCCUGGGAUAAACCAAUCGGUCGAUAUGAUCCUCCAUUUUAUUGCAAACCGGCUGAAGAAUUUCCGAUUACAAUUCAAAAAUUUGUCGACAUUGUUAGCGAACAGAAUUUGAGUGAAUUGAAAAGAUUGUGGAGAGAGAAACAAGCAAAUCAGAUGGGCGGAGCUUGGAGAUUGACUGCUGCUGGAUUUCCAAUGAAUCCAAAUGGAAGAAUGGGUGAGCAUUUUGGUGCAAUUUUUUUAGCAAAAUAAAAGUUUUUUUCAGGAAUCUGUGGACGUGGAAACAAUCCGAAGUUCGGUCCAAAUCGUCGAUCAUAUUAUAUUAUUUUCAGUGGCGAGAAACAUUGUCGAAUUCUUGUCAAUGAUAAUUUCUCACUUCCAAAUGAAUAUCAUCUCGAAAAUUCAUCAAAGGAUGAACAUUUAACAUCAAUUCUAAAAAUGUGUGGAAUAUCAGAUUCGGAUGCUCAAAUGUUUUCAAUGCGUCGACUCGAUAAUUCAAUAAUAUCAGAAUCUCAUCGAAUUCCAGCAAAUGACACAAGUCCAGCACAUUUGGCAUCUUAUACUUUUGAAUCGGAAGAUGAUACGGAUAAUUCAUGGACACAUUUUGAUAUUUGGGCAAUUUCUUUGAGAGAUCGAAAAGUUUUGGAAAAUAUUAUUGGAUUUGAGUGGAUUGAGGAGUCGAAGGCGAAGAUUCCGAAAUGGCAAAAAGAAUAUUCAAGAAAAGCUAAAAUUAUUUACGGGUUGAAUUGA